AAAGAGACAGAGAGGCAUCCUGAAGAAUUGGGAGGGAAAUUUUAAAAUCGCCACUUGAAAACAGAAUGAGACGUCAAACUGCGGAGAUGAAAGGUCCAGGAGUGAAACAUCCCCAGAUGUUCCUCCUCAACCAGUACUGGAGCGCCACCUGGGGGACAACAGGGGUUCCUGGGCCAGGAGGGAUGGAUGGUACUUGAAGUGGGAUCUUGGUCAGAUCCAGGGAUCUCUUCCCAAUGGGACUGGAAAACCUUAACAUCAAAGAUGGAUCCUGAUGAGAUUCCUGAACUACUUCAGUUUACCUUUCAGUUCAGUUCCUUCUUCAAUGCAACAGACUAAACCAGAAGUCCAGUUAGCUCAGACAGAACCUCAUCUUACACUAAAUGGAUUCUCCAUGGGGUUAAAGGUCAGGGAAAUUUGCUGGCCAGUCAAGAACAGGUUCUCCAUGGACACUGAACCAGAUUUGGUACCUUUGGCGGUGUGGGUCGGUACCAAGUCCUGCUGGAAAAUAAAACCAGCAUCUUCAUCCAGUUUGUCAGCAGAGGGAAUCGUGAAGCGCUCUAGAAUUUUCUGCAUAAACUGGACUUCAGGAAACCCAGUGGACCAGAACCAGGAGACAACAUGGCACCUCAAGCUUCACUCUGUACUUCAACCAACAUGGACGCUGUGCUUCUCCGUUCUUCAGACCCUGAUACCCUGAUUACAAAAUGAAAUGCAGAGUUUUCUCUCCAGUGAAGAAAGGACCAAUGGACCAAACCUCAACAGUUCAGCUCCUUUUCACCUUCGCCAGGAUUUUCUGGGGCGAAAUGAAACCCAUCAACCUGCUACCGCUUCUUCUGCUGUUCUUUGGACAAAUUCAAGGUCUCACUGAGAUGAUCCAAAAGUUUCUUCCAACUGGAAAAGAAUCAAAUAUUAGUUUCCCUGUAAAAAAGCUUCCUAAUGAUUCUACGGUUUUAUGGUUUGAUCAUUUAAAUAGGACCAUAGGAACAUAUUAUUCGUAUGGAAAAACAAAAUUGGAGCAGCUUUUCGAUGGAAAAGUGAAGAUUGCUGGACCAACAACGCUGACGUUUCUGAGUCCACAGACAUCAGACAGUGGAUUAUUUUGUGCAAAGGUGAUAGGAGAUAAACAUAAUGAUGCAGUGAUGUGCUUCAACGUCACAUUUGCAGACCAAAAUACGGUUUCCACAGUUGCUGUUCCUGCUGUUUCUCCUGCUGCUAUUGCUGUUCCUGCUGCUAUUGCUGUUCCUCUUGCUGUUCUUGCUGUUCUUGCCAUCGUUGCUGCUGUUGGACUUUGGUGCUGUUUAAAGAAGAAAUGUCAAGACCAGACUGAAGCCGUAGUCUUCUCUGCAAACUCUGGAACAAAUUCUCCAAUUGUUUAGAUUCUUCUACUACCUACCCAAGACAACAGAGAUCCUCACAACAUCGAGGAAAAUGAUGCAGAUUCACCUGUUUAAAGCUGCAGAGAAAAAAACAGCAUGUCACUCUGUGCUGCACUACAGUGCUCUCUCCACAACUUGUGAACAGCAGAAUUAGUUUUCCUGUAACUUCAGGUUACAGGUGGGGUGUUGUGGUGGCGCAGAGAAAACCUAAACUAUUGCUUCCUGUGUUGAGGAUUUAAAUUUGAACGUUUUCCUUUGAUGUAUGCAACGUGCUAGUUCGACGCUAUGAAGCUUACUGGAAACAACCUGCACUGUAGAUAACCGUCCUCCACAGCGAAUAGAUGAGAUCCGAUCUGAACGAGGCUGCUGUUAAUUUUAACGUUAAUUUAAUAUUUGGAAGUGUGGCCAACAUGGACUGAACGAUUUUGUUCACUUCCUCCUUUCCUAUUGCUAAAACUACAGACUACAAUUCUAAAACAGCGCAGAAAAUCGAUGUCUUCAUUCACAGCGUCUCCUUCUAUUUGCUGAUUGGCCCUUAGGAAAACCAACCGGAAGCAUUUCAAGUAAAGGGGAGAAAGGAGACCGUGCUGGAAGCGAGAUUUUAUUCGAGCGGAGUUGGUCAGGAAGAAAUGGCCAGUCUAGGAGCGAACUAGAUGAAACGAAAUUUGAUGUUCAAGUGCAUUUGAUGGCGACAGUUUCAGACCAAUCAGACAAUCACGACACGGCGCUGUACAGGUGAGGGUGUAGCCUAUCUUAGCUCAAUUGUUUUGGCUCCAUGCUUUUGCAGUGUUCCUGAAGUGACCGCUUAGCCUGGCGGCGGGGCAGUAAAGCAUGGCGGGCCGCCAGGCCUAUAAUACACGGGGGGAAACCCUGGGUAACCUAAUCUGGACCCUGGACAUUUCUCCACAACACUUUGAGCCAUUUAUACCAGCAGAACUAAGGAAGGCUCUAACAGGUGAUCGUUACCUUAACGAGCUAAAAAUUCCGCUGAGACGGGUAGAGCUGGACGCUCUUUGAGAUGCUAACAGGAGCUACACGGCCUGCGGUACUGACAUCACCGAUCUGACCGGAACCAUGGAGGGCCGGUGUCGCUGAUGCCAAACAGGACACAGCGCUACAAACGCUGGGAGAAACGUCAAAGACAAGCAGCAAGUUUAUUUGUAUAGCAUGGCGGUUUUCAAAGUGUGAGGCGCGCCUCCCCUAGGGGGCGCCAGAGCACUUUAGGGGAGGCGCGGUGCGAGGGAAAAAAUAAACCGGAAAAGAUAUAUACGCUGUCUUGCGUAUAGCCUGCGUAAUUGUUUUUUCCUUUGAAUGCCUCCGCUCUUUCAUACUGCAGGCUCUUUUAGCUCGAGAUAAAUUGUUUAGAUGAGCCACAAAAAGAGCUCCACGAUUUUGCAACUGUUUAGGUUUUUGAUUUAUUUUUUAAUUUCAAGGAAAUGUGCAACAUUUACACAUGUGUUCCAAAGAUCUGAUCAAAAUGUUGUUAAGAUGUGAAAACACUGUUGGUAUCUCAAACAUUAAACUCAGAAUCUCAGAUGUAACGUUUGUUUGAGAAAACGGUUGAAAAAUGAGUUUGGGGUUGUUCUUAUUAGAAAAAUGAAAAAAGGGCGUAUUUGCCAUACAAAGGCCCUGAUAAAAUAAUUAAAA